AUGAUGAACAACUUUGAGAUUCCAGUACACAUUUAUAGAGUCUAUCAGGAAGAGCUUCUGACUUGGUUGGACAAUCAAAUCUCUCCUUCUCAUGCGGAAUCUGAUCCUAAGCUUCCAGUCAUUGGUAUCAGUGAAUUACCAGGUCGGGUGUGGCCAGAUAGUCUCCAUUAUGGAGAAGCUCAGUUGAAAUUGGUAAAUUACUUCUACAACGCUUCAAGAGAGGAUCAUUUUUUGCAUUCCACUGCCAAUGAUCUCUUGGAUAUCUUUAUUAAUACUACACAUCCAAUCUGGUUAAAUCAAAAGACUUCAGUAAAUUUUAACCCUGAGACUGAUGUUGUGGAUGCUUUGAACAGAGUUUUACCAUCCCAAACGUUCCAAAAUAACAGGAACUUCAUAUCCAGACUGAUCAAAGAGACCAGUUUAUUUGACAAGAUUUUCCGGCUGGUACGAUUGACCCAUCGCCAGGAAAACCUAUCCAUUAAACUGCUCAACGAAUUCAAGCGUCAAUAUAAACGGACGAGUUUCAGGAACAUGAAUCAAAUUGUGCAUCCCAAGUUACCGAUAGCAACGUACUUUUUAGUCCAAUAUCCAGAGCAUAAAGUCAUGCAUAUUUUGCGACAUGAUAAGUCCAACAGGUCGAUGCAACAUGAAGAUGUUUUCCAAAAGCUGAAGAAGUUGAUGAUUGCAAUCAACUGUAUCCACAUGAAAUCGUUCGCUUACUUUGGGAUCAAGGAAGCAGGAUUUGAUGCGAGUUGUGAAACCCUUGACAGAUGGUUGAUCAGCCUUAUCCUCAAGGCUCCAGGAGGUAUUCCAAUCCUGGGAUCAAUCAAAACAGAGGGAGAGCUUGCACCUUGGGAAGAAAGUGCUCAUCCUAAUUUGUUCAGUUUUGUUCAAUUACACUUGAUCAAAUACUUUCAUGAGAAACAAAGCCCUCAUAAUCUGAAAGAAACUGCUUUGCAUGUGCUCAAUAGUUGGUAUGAAGAGCAUUACCCUAUCAGAUUUCAAACUUUAAUUCAAUCUACCUUGUCUUCAAAGCUACUUUCAACUCAUGCACCUUGA